CACAAUCCUGGUGGUCCUAAAGGAGAUUUUGGCAUUAAGUUCAACUGCGAAAAUGGUGGUCCAGCACCUGACCAUGUCACAAAUAACAUCUAUGAGAUAACCACCAAGAUAUCUACUUACUCAAUAUGCAGCGAUCUGCAAUGCGAUUUUAGGACGAUAGGAAGAAGCGAAUAUGACAUCGAUGGUGUGGGACACUUUGUCGUUGACGUCAUUGACUCCGUCAAAGACUAUGUUGAGCUUAUGCAGAAGAUAUUCGACUUUCCUAAGAUUAAAUCUCUGCUAUCUGGCGAGUUGACUGGGAAGAAGUUCGAGUUGCUGAUUGAUUCUAUGCACGGUGCUACAGGCCCCUAUGUUUCAACCAUCUUGUGCGAUGUGCUCGGUGUUGAUAGUCGCUGUUGCAUGAGAACGAAUCCAAAACCAGAUUUCGGAGGGGGCCAUCCCGAUCCUAAUUUGACCUAUGCUAAGAGUCUUGUUGAUCAAAUGAGGAGAGGAGAACAUGAUUUUGGAGCAGCUUUCGACGGUGACGGGGAUCGCAACAUGAUUCUUGGGAGAAAUGGAUUCUUCGUGACGCCUAGUGACUCACUAGCGGUUAUCGCAGACAGUUGCAGCUGUAUUCCGUAUUUCCGCUCUCAUAAAGUGGCCGGUUUCGCACGAUCUAUGCCAACUGCUGGAGCUGUAGAUCUGGUAGCAAAGGCAAAGAAUUUGGAGGUGUGCGCUACUUUAAGCCAUUUGUCAUGUUUAUGGUGUAGUUGCACACUGCACGCUCAAAUGCGCGGAGGUGCGGUUGUUAGAGGCGUUAAUUUCACUCAUUACGCUUUUUGUUGCCUACCAUCAAUCAUUGAAUUGCUGAAUGGGAAAUUUGUUUAGGC